AUGGAAGACUCCCGCCGACGUCAGCUUCAUAGCUGUGAUCAAUGUCGCAAGGGCAAAAGAGGCUGUGAUGCGCCUAAAGACCGACAGAAAAAUGCAUUCAGUUCUUGUUCGAACUGCACACGAUGGAAAAAAGAGUGCACAUUCAAUUGGGUCUCCUCAAAACACCUCGACUCGAGAGGCAAUCGAAAACGAAUAAAGUCACACACUAUAAGCGCAGCUAUCAUAACUCCUAAUAACGAACCUCUCGACAAUGUACUCCUCCCUUCCCAAACACAUCCCAAAACGCAUCCUGUCAAUAUCGGGGACUUCCUUCCCUCCCCUGAAACAUCAGAUUACGCCUCCUCCUUGUCCCCUCCGCAGCCAGAAACUCACUUUCUCGAGUCAUACCAAGUCCACAAUUCAAGUACUGGCCAGCCUCAACCAAUCCCUUGGACAACGAAAAUUCCAUAUAAUUUGCAAUAUAAUAACUCAAACACACAUGGACCUCCAGACUACUCCAUCGAAUCCGAUGUCCAUGCCGAAACUUUUGGGUUGUCACCAAGUUCUAUCGAUAGCACGUACGGCUUGUUACCAUAUGAAUAUUCAUCCACCCCCUAUCUCAUAUCAACAGUUCCAGCGUGGAAACAGAGUCUACACAAACAUCCACCAGAAUCUGCACAAGACCAGCCCCCAACCCCGGACCUACAAUGGAAUAUUUGCUUCGCUUCCGAAAACACAGCUAAUCAAAACGCUCGGGCGAUGAUGUCACGUAACCUGAUCCGCAUAUAUCACGACAGCAUGGAGAAUGCUUUGUCAUGUUGGUUGACAGAGCACAACUGUCCAUACAGUGACCCACCUAGUCAAGUGUUUCCUUAUCGAAAAAUGAAAGAAUGGGGCCCGAGUUGGUCAAACAGAAUGUGUAUUCAGGUCUGUCGGUUGGAUCGUGUAUCCUCUUCAAUACGCGGCAGAGCGUUAAGCGCAGAUGAAGAUACAAAAGCGGCUCGAGCGCUUCAUCUAGCCAUUAUGUCGUUUGCAUCGCAGUGGACGCAACAUGCACAAAGAGGAACCGGCGCGUCAGUGCCCUCGGAAAUUGAUCAUGAUGAGAGAUCAAUCCGAGAGAAAGUUUGGAACGAAGCACGCCACGCUUUGGAACAUUCUGGUAGCAUUCCUUCUUUUCGUAUCGCCUUCGCCAAUAUUAUUUUCUCGUUGACUCAAAGUCCGCUAGACAAAAGUCAAGAAGUGACUUUGGGAGAGCUUUUGGAGAACGAUCGUGCGCCAAUAUUUUUGGAAACUGCCAAUCGCCAACUUUUCACUUUCCGGCACAAGUUCGCAAGACUGCAGCGUGAGGCAGCCCCUAAAGUGAGAGAACUUGGGAGGGGGUCGAUAGACCCGACGACGGGGAACAUUCUGGAAAUGCCACCGUCGUCGGAGCAUCCGCGACUCGAUCCGCUUCUGACUAGCCAAGAACACCGGACUACGCUAGAUCUCAUGUUUUGGCUAGGUGUUAUGUUUGAUACCCUGAGCGCUGCUAUGUAUCAGCGGCCUUUAGUAGUUUCGGAUGAGGAUAGUCAGAUUCCAUCGGUCUCGCCGCGAAUAGCGGAGCCCCGAGCUCAGAUUGGUUUAGAUCACUGGGAUAUCCCUAGAAGCAAAACACGCGGGAAACGAGAUGUGUGGGGUGAUUUCUUUCUGUCUUCUUCAAUACAACGCCAGGGAUCGGGCCAGCUCCAGCCGAGAUGGCCAUGUUCUUACGAAGAAGCUGCAUCCGUACUUUCCGAGGCGACUCCUGUCAAAGUGCUGCUCUAUCGUCGAAUCACACAGCUGCAAACCCUGGUCUAUCGAGGCGCAAGUCCCGAUCAGAUUGAAAAUGUCAUCCAAAAAUCCCUCCUUGUCUGCCAGCACUGGGAUUCUACAUACCAAAAUUUCAUGCUUGACUGCGUCACCAAUCAUGAGCUCCUUCCUUCUCGCAUACAGUCAUGGUACGUCAUCCUCGACGGCCACUGGCACCUCGCUACGAUGCUUUUCGCAGAUGUGCUAGAGAGCAUUGACAAAUCCCAGCUUGGAUCCGACACUGCGCGUGAGGUUCGGCAGGUUACGCACUUGGUUGCCACGCUUAGGACGAACAAUGCGUUGGCAGUUGCCGGACUUGCCCGGGCUUCGAUACAAGGUCAGGACUCGUUCAUGGCCCCUCAUUUCCACGAUUCUCUCAGUGAAGUGGCCUUCUUGGUUGAACCGUGGACGGCCGUGCUCAUCCAUUCUUUUGCCAAGGCGGGGUCUAUCUUGGUAGAAAGUUUGGAUAUUUCGUAUAAAAAUGGGUACACCGAGUGCUUACGGCAGAAUUGUGAGUUCUUGAUUCGUGCGCUUCAAUAUCUCGGAAGAAAGUCUGAUAUGGCUUUCCUGGUGGCGAGGAGUUUGUCAAGGUCUUUAGAAGCGAAGCUUGUCUAA